AUGUCUACAGAUAGUUCGCCGAUUAAAUUCGGAGAAUAUUAUGAUAUUUUGUCUUAUUAAUCGGUCAUUAUUUUUGGAAAUAUCGUGUAUGAUAUAUCUUAUGAUAAAAUUUUAAAUAGAGUCCGUGUAAUCUAAAGAAAGGAUUAAAAAAAUAAAUAUUACACACUUCCUAUAAUAGACCAUAGGUACAGAUAUUUUUUUUCAAAAGGAAAAACUUUAAUUGCGGAUGAUGAAAAUCAUGAUGAUAAAAAUGUCUACUUAUAUUCAAUUGAAAAUAUAAUUUGUAGAGAUACUGAGCAUAUAACUAGUAAUCUAAAAUGUGUUUAAUGCAAAAAUAAUGAAUAUUUUAAAGAUGAUAUAUGUUUAGGUUGCCCACAAGGAACUUUUUUUGAAAAUAAUAUAUGUAUUGCAUGUAUGCAAGGAUGUAUAUCAUGUGAUAAUAAAACUACUUGCAUUAUAUGUGAUUAAGGUUAUUAUAAAAAUAAUUUGAACGAAUGUAAACCUUGUAAUAUUAAUUGUAAAACUUGUCAAAAUGAUAAUCCAGAUAUAUGUGCUUCUUGUAAUUCACCUAAAGUUUUACAAAUAAAAAACUAAACAUGUGUAGAUGCUUGUGAUAGUAAUUAAUAUUUAGAUAAUACUCAAAUUGAUAUACCUAAAUGUAGGGAUUGCGAUAUUUUAUGUCUUAAAUGUGUAGACGCAAAUUCUUGUUAACUUUGUGUAAAUGGCAAUUUUUUUAAUACAAAUACUUUGAAAUGUGAACCAUGUGAUGCUUAGUGUACUACAUGCCAAAACGGUACUGAUAAUACUAAAUGCCUGUCCUGCUCACCUCCUUUAUAUUACCAAUAACUGGAAAAAAAAUGCGUUAGGAAUUGCAAUUAAGGCUAAUAUGCGAACACUUAAAGUAGUCUAUGUGAAUUAUGUGAUCCGAAUUGUUAAACUUGCAAAGAUUCAAAGACUUCUUGUCUUACUUGUAAUAAUAAUUAAUAUUUAUAAACUAACUAAACUUGCAAAGAUAUUUGUUUACCAAAAUAAUAUCCGGAUAAUACGAGAAAAUGCUAGCCGUGUAAUGCAUCAUGCUUAUCAUGUAUUAAUAAUACUUCAUGUUCUACAUGUGCUGAUGAUAAUUAUUUAAAUCCUUUAACUUAAUUUUGCUCACCUUGCUCCGCUAACUGUAGAACUUGUGUUAAUAAUGCUGAUACUUGUACAUCCUGUAUUAAGGGCUAAUAUUUAAAUACUGAUACUAAUAGAUGUGAACAAUAUGCUUUAAGGACAUGCUAAUAAUGCAAUGCGACUUGUCUUACAUGUUAAAAUGCUAUUUCGUGUAACACAUGUAAUGCGGGAUAUUAUAUAAACACAAGGAGUAAUUUAUGUGAAAAAUGUGAUGAUAAUUGUCAAACAUGUGAAAAUGGAAUAGUAAAUAAUUAAUGUAUUACAUGUAAUAAUAAUUAAGUUCUUUUAUAAACUAAAAAAUGUGUCGAUAAUUGCGAUAAUAAAUAAUAUGAGGAUUUAAAUAAAAAUUGUUAGUAAUGUGAUCCUACGUGUCUUACUUGUUCGAAUUCUAAUACAUGUGAUACUUGUGAGGAAGGAUCAUACUUAAAAAGAAGUACAUAAAAAUGCGAAUUAUGUGACUUAAAUUGUAAGACAUGUAUAGAAAAGGGCAAAUGUGUAUCUUGUAAAUAGAAUUAUUUUCUAACCUAAGAUUAAUAAUGUAAACUUGAAUGUGAUUAAUCUUUUUUUCCCGAUUCUUAAGGAAAUUGUUUACCAUGUGAUUCUAAUUGUUUAAAUUGUAAACAAUUUAAUGAAUGUACAGAAUGUUUUUAGGGACUCUAUUUAUUUAAUGGAUUCUGUAGUAAUGAAAUUUAUUGCUAAGAGAAUACUUACUUAGACCAAAAUGAGUGCAAAAUUGAAUGUCCUUAAAAUAAAUUUAAAAAUGUAGAGACUAAUACAUGCGAUCCUUGCCAUUUCUCAUGCAAAAGAUGCACAGAAGCAAACAAUAUUAAAUGCUUGGAGUGCGAAAAUGGACUUGUUUUAAAUGAGGAUGGUAAAUGUGAGAAAAAAGUAUAAGAAAAAAAUGCGACUACUAGUAAGUUGAUGUUUAAAGUAUAUCUUGUAGUUACUAUAUAUAUAUUAAUCGCCUGUAUAAUUUGCCAUUUUUUAGAUUAUAAAUCCUAUUUUAGAAAUAGGAAAGUGAAAAAUUUCGAAGAAGAAGAUUGCAAACCGAAAACACCAAAAUCUUAAAUGGAACCCGUAAAAGACCAGAUUGCAAUAUAAAAUGCAGAAGAAAAUGUAAACAAAGAAAAUUAAAGGUAAAGGCUAAGGUCUAAAUCAGAUAUUCAAAAAGCAAAUUAAUAAAUAGAAUAAAUAGACAUAAAAUCACAAAAGAAUAAUAAUAAAAUUAAUAGAAAUCCAAGAAAAUAAAGUAAUUAUAUAAGUUAAAGUUAAGCUUGCCCUGAUUAAAAUACUUAAAAUAUGUCUGAAUUUAAAAAUUUUAUCGAUAAAUAGAUUAUAUAAAAUAAUAAGAAUAAGAAAAACAAUACAAAUGUUAUUUAUUUAAUGAUAUUUAAAAUGAAAAUAAUAAUAUAAAUAAAGUUAAUAGAAUAAAUAUAAAUCAUAAUUAUUAUUAAUAUGACUAGAAAUUAUAUUUUACAAUUAUUGCGAAUGAAUUUUUGGAAAUGUAUUUAAUAUAAGACUAUACACGAAAUUCUUUAAUUAGGGCUUUAUUAAUGUAUUUUAAAUAAUGCUUAUUUAUGCUAGUUUGCUUUUAUUAUAAUAUGA